AUGCUGAGCUCAACCGGCUCACAGAGGCCGUUGCAGACUACAGCAAGAGAUCUCUGUUCGACUUGCUCGACUUGCUCGCGGUCCUCUCGAAGUCCCACGUGCACAUCCGCAGCCGCAGCCGCAGCCGCAGUCGCAGUCGUCCGGGUCACCCAAUGCGGUCACCAGCAGGCUGUAGGCCACUCGCUUAGCCCCGGCACCGGCCUCCUGCCGCUGGCUCUAGCACAUGUCAGCGGCAUAACACCGCUGUCGUCGCCGCUGUCAUCGCCUCUGUCAUCGCACUCGCGCUUUCACUCCCCGACUUCUCUUCCACGUCAGCCCGUCCGCCCGGGUUCUUCGCCUCUCAUCAUCCAUCCGUCUUUGCAUCGCCGUCAAAGAUUCGCCACAAGUGCAGCCAUGACUGCCCGGAUACUGGAUGGCACCGCCAUCGCCAAGAGCAUCCGUGAGAGGAUCGGUGCAGAGAUUGUCGAGAAGCAAAGGCUCAAUCCCCGCUACAAACCUUCUCUCAAGAUUAUCCAAGCCACCUAUGUGCGCAUGAAGCUCAAGGCCGCCGCAGAGGCUGGCGUCGCUUGCGAACUCCUCCAAUUCCCAGUCGAUAUCUCCGAGCCCGAGCUGCUGGACCAGAUCCGUCGCCUCAACCACGACACCACUGUGAAUGGCAUUUUGGUUCAACUGCCCCUUCCCGCCAACAUUUCCGAGUACAACAUCACUUCUGCUGUGGCCGACGAAAAGGAUGUCGACGGCUUCGGAACGAACAACAUUGGCGAGUUGGCCAAGCGUGGCGGCGCUCCAAUUUUCACGCCGUGCACCCCCAAGGGCGUCAUGUACAUGCUCAAGGAGGCAGGCAUCCAGAUCGCUGGCAAGACCGCGGUUGUUCUCGGCCGAAGCAACAUUGUUGGCGGACCCGUCAGCUACCUCUUGCGCCAUGCUGAUGCCACCGUCAUUGUCUGUCACUCCAAGACCCAAGGACUGGAAAACUACCUCAGGCACGCUGACAUUGUCAUUGCCGCCAUUGGACAAGCUCAGUUUGUCAAGGCCGAGUGGUUGAAACAAGGUGCCGUUGUCAUUGAUGUCGGCACCAAUUUCAUCCCCGACGCCUCCAAGAAGAGUGGCCAGCGCAUGGUCGGCGAUGUUGACUUUGAAGGUGCCUCCAAAGUUGCCUCCGUCAUUACCCCCGUCCCCGGCGGCGUGGGCCCCAUGACUGUUGCCAUGCUUCUGCAAAAUGUUGUCGAGGCCACUAAUCUCUUCUUUGAGAAGGAGAAGAUCAGAAAGACGAUCCCUCUCCCGCUCAAGUUGAAGACCCCUGUACCGUCCGACAUCGCCAUUUCUCGAGACCAGAAUCCCAAGCAAAUCACUCGAAUUGCCGCCGAGGUUGGCAUUGCUCCACAUGAGCUGGAACCCUACGGUGCCUACAAGGCCAAAGUUGACCUUGAUCUGCUGAAGCGCCUCGACCAUCGCAGGAACGGUCGUUACGUCGUGGUUACCGGUAUCACGCCCACACCCUUAGGAGAGGGCAAAUCAACCACCACUAUGGGCCUUGCCCAGGCUCUCGGAGCCCACGUGGGACGGCUCACGUUUGCCAACGUCCGGCAACCUAGCCAGGGCCCUACCUUUGGCAUCAAGGGUGGCGCUGCAGGCGGUGGCUACAGUCAAGUCAUUCCCAUGGAUGAGUUUAACUUGCAUUUGACUGGUGAUAUUCACGCCAUUACUGCUGCCAAUAACCUUUUGGCCGCGGCUAUUGAAACUCGCAUGUUCCACGAAAACACCCAAAAGGACGGACCUCUCUAUAGACGACUUGUACCCGCCAAGAAUGGAGUGCGAAAGUUUGCGCCCGUCAUGUUCCGCCGCUUGAAAAAGCUGGGUAUUGACAAGACCGACCCCGAUGCCCUCACCGAGGAGGAAAUCCGACGAUUUGCCCGUCUUGAUAUUGACCCCGACACCAUUACCUGGAGACGUGUGCUAGACGUCAACGACCGCCAUCUGCGAGGUGUCACUGUUGGCACUGCCCCAACUGAGAAGGGCCAGUCCCGUGAAACUGGCUUCGACAUCUCUGUUGCCAGCGAGUGCAUGGCUAUUCUCGCCUUGAGCACAAGCUUGGCAGACAUGCGCGAGCGCCUGGGACGCAUGGUUGUUGCUACUUCCCGCAGCGGCGACCCCGUCACUUGUGAUGAUAUUGGUGCCGGCGGUGCUUUAACGGCCUUGAUGAAGGAUGCCAUUAAGCCCAAUCUUAUGCAGACUCUGGAGGGAACUCCUGUGUUUGUCCACGCUGGCCCGUUCGCCAACAUCAGUAUUGGACAGAGCUCCAUCAUCGCCGACAAGCUAGCAUUGAAGCUGUCCGGUACCGAGCCUGACGAGAACCAUAGCGAAUCAGCUGGAUUCGUCGUCACCGAAGCCGGCUUUGACUUUACCAUGGGCGGUGAGCGCUUCUUCAACAUCAAGUGCCGUACAUCCGGCCUUGUUCCCGAUGUAGUCGUCGUCGUAGCUACCGUUCGCGCCCUCAAGGUCCACGGCGGCGGCCCCCCCAUUGCUCCUGGCGCUCCCCUAGACGCCGUCUACACGCAGGAAAAUGUAGAAAUUCUGCGCGCUGGCUGUGUCAACCUCAAGAAGCAUAUCAGUAACGCCAGGUCGUUCGGUAUUCCCGUAGUUGUCGCCAUCAACAAGUUUGCCACCGACACGGAUGCUGAGAUUGCCGUUGUUCGCGAGGAGGCCUUGUCUGCUGGUGCCGAGGAUGCUAUUCUGGCUGACCACUGGGCUCAAGGUGGCCGGGGAGCCGUUGACCUGGCCAAGGGCGUUGUCGCCGCUUGCGAAAAGCCCAAGAACCUCACCCUUACCUACGGACUGGACGGCACUAUCCAGGAACGUAUCGAGGCCAUUGGACAGAAGAUGUACGGUGCUGCCAAGGUCGAGUUCAGCGAGCUGGCCCAGAAGAAGGUCGACACAUACACUAGACAAGGAUAUGGCAAUUUGCCUAUUUGCAUUGCGAAAACGCAAUAUUCUCUCUCUCACGACCCUGACCUGAAGGGUGCUCCUACCGGCUUUACCGUUCCGAUUCGGGACGUCCGUAUGGCCGCUGGAGCAGGGUACCUGUACGCAUUAGCCGCUGAUAUCCAGACAAUCCCCGGUCUCCCCACCGCUCCAGGAUAUCUGCAUGUGGAUGUCGACACGGAAACCGGCGAGAUUGAUGGGCUGUUUUAG